AUGCUCCAAUUGCCGGAUCGCGCAACGAAGAUUGACCAGAUCGAAGAGCGACUCGGCGGCAUCGAGCAGCUUCUUCGAAAUCUCAGCACCACUGGCAUCCAGAGGGGCUCUGAUCUCCCUCUCCAUGAGCCUCCCGCCGCAGCUGGGUUGACGCCAUCAGUAGCCGGGGACACCUCAAGCACGGCGUAUGACCGAGACGAGCUCGACUCGGCCUUUGAGGGAAACUCUUCUCUCACUGCUCACACCGUCUUUGCAAGCGAGUUUCUUGAGCACGCCGUCGAGCGUACCUCGCUGCGUGAUCUAAGUCCCAACAUGCAAGCAGCAUUAAACUCACUUCAGCAAAUUGUAGGCAUGCAGAACAAGGCCUCGAUAUCUCACGAGGUCCGCUUUGCAAACCAGAAGCCUCUGCCAAAGGGCAACUUCCGGGAGCUGCCCAUGCCUCCUCUACAAGCCGUCAUCCCGGUGCUACGAGAGAUCAAAGAAGAUUUCUCGCAGGCCACUUUCAUCAUCGUCAAUGCCGGCCUAUACUACUUGUUCCAGGAGAAAGCAGUCCUCGCGGAAAGCGAUGCCGCCGUCCACGAGUACACAAACUACUACGAGCUGUGUCGGGACAAUGUGGAGACGGGUCUUGCGAAUCUCAAUCUUUUCAUGGCUGCAAGCAUGGAGAAUAUUGAGGCGCUGCUACUUGGAGCAUCAUACGCAAUAGAGGUCUCGCGGCCAUCAUUGGCUUGGCAAUUAAAUACGACUGCCGCUCAAUUGUGUCAAGCCCUAGGGUAUCACCGAGCCAUCCCGAUGGCAACCAACAAUGCGAGCGGAGAGAUGGGCGUGAAUGACAAGAAGGCCAUUCUAUUCUGGUUCACCUACAUGCUCGAUCGAGGCUUGGCACUGCGAUUAGGAAGGGCUCCUAUCAUCCAGGACUUCGAUAUAACACUACCUCGAAAGAUCGGCAAAGUCAAUGCGCCUGACUUCUGGAAGCAAAUCCUUCAACUCUGGAUUGGCCAUGCAGAGAUCCAGGGUCGGAUAUAUGCACAGCUUUACAGCCCGGGAUCAUUAUCACGGCCUGUCAAUGAACGUAUAGAGUCCGCACAGGUACUGGCAGAAGAGUUGAAGAGGAUUGCUAACGAAGCUGCAAUAAUACGGACCGAGGCGUCCGCUAAUCUGGACACUUCAAAGGCCACAGUGACCGAGAUGGUCAUGAAAUCGGAUGAAGUGUCUUUCCUUUCCUCGUUAACUCUGGUCUAUCGGGCGAUCCCCUCGGUGGGAGGCUUCCCGGGGACUUUCAGUCCCGAAUGUAUCGGCACGGCGCGGGCGGCCAUGCAAACGCACCAGGACUGUAUGAGACUGAUGGGCACGAACUCAUGGGUCGCCGCCUCCUACAUUCACUGGACCAUUCUGUAUGCUCCGUUUGUCCCCUUUAUUGUAAUCUUCUGCCACAUAAUUGAAACAUCCAACAAUGUCGAUGACCUCCACCGCCUCAAAGAGUUCAUAGCCUCAUUACAACCCACAUGUGAGGUCUCGGAGGGUGUCGAAAAGCUUCAUCGACUCUUCCAGGUCCUUUACAACGUUGCGCUUUUAUAUGUAGAAGCGAAGGGGCAGCAGGACCAAGAUAUGGCGCCGAUCGGAAAUGAGUUUGAUGUCUAUCUCAGCGCCCUUGGCUUCAUGCCGGUGGAUGAGAACGGCCAAACUGCGGGUAUUGACGCGGCUGUGCCGCCGGCAGCCGCGGUCAACCAGACGGCGCAAUUGGGUGAUUGGUUCUCAGGUAAUCGGUACAUGGUCAAUCUGCUGGAAGAAGACCUGUCGCAGUUUAAUCCCACUGUAUGGACGAGUGGGGUAUAA